AUGGCAGGGAAAGGGAAAUGGAAAGGACCGGCAAUCGGAAUUGAUCUGGGUACGACAUAUUCAUGUGUUGGAGUAUGGAAGCAGGGCCGUGUUGAAAUCAUUGUUAACGAUCAGGGCAACAGAACUACUCCAUCAUAUGUUGCAUUCACAAAGACAGGGAGAUUGAUAGGGGAUGGAGCUAAAAAUCAGGUAGCUGUCAACUCCAUCAAUACUGUUUUUGAUGCUAAGAGAUUGAUCGGUAGGAGGUUUAGUGAUGCAUGCGUACAAAGUGACACAAAGUGUUGGCCAUUCAAGGUGGUUUCUGGGUUAGAAGACAAACCAAUUAUUAUUGUCAGCUACAAAGGCGAGGAGAAACAGUUCUUUCCGGAGGAAAUCUCUUCCAUGGUUUUAAUCAAGAUGAAGGAGGUUGCUGAGGCCUUUUUGGGAUCACCUGUGAAAAACGCUGUCAUUACAGUCCCGUCCUACUUCAACGAUUCCCAAAGGCAAGCUACAAAAGAUGCUGGUGUAAUUUCUGGUCUGAACGUGAUGCGUAUCAUCAUUGAGCCAACCGCGGCUGCGAUUGCCUAUGGUCUAGACAAGAAUAGAGCAAGAAGCGUUGGAAAAAAGAAAGUCCUUAUUUUUGACCUUGGAGGGGGGACAUUCGAUGUCUCUCUCUUGACCAUUGAUGAUUCCUUAUUUCAAGUAAUGGCCACGGCUGGUGAUACACAUUUGGGAGGGGAAGACUUUGAUAAUAGAAUGGUGAAUCAUUUUGUGCAAGAAUUCAAACGCAAAAACAACAAGGAUAUAAGUGGAAACCCUCGUGCCUUAGGUAGAUUGAGAAUGGCUUGUGAGAGGACAAGAAGGGCACUUUCAUAUACUGCUCAGACAACUAUAGAUAUUGAUUCUCUCUUUGAAGGCGUUGACUUUAAUUUUAAAAUAACCCAAUCCAUGUUCGAGAAGAUGAACAUGGAUCUAUUCAAUAAGUGUAUGGAGAGUGUUAAGAAAUGUUUGAAUGAUGCAGAGAUGGAGGAGAGCAGCGUGGAUGAUGUUGUUUUGGUUGGGGGGUCUACUAGAAUUCCUAAAGUGCAGCAGCUUCUUAAGGAGUUCUUCAAUGAUAAGGAACUCUGCCAGAACCUUAAUCCUGAUGAGGCUGUUGCCUAUGGUGCUGCAGUUCAAGCUGCCAUGUUGGUUGGUGAGGGAAAUCAGCAAGUUCAAGAUCUUGUACUUCUGGAUGUCACUCCUCUUUCUCUUGGAAUUGAGACACAUGGAGGCAUCAUGUCAGUCUUGAUUCCUAGGAACACUACAAUUCCCAAAGAGAUGAAGAAAUCCUACACUACAGGCUUUGACAACCAGUUGAGUGUUCAGAUUCAAGUGUACGAGGGUGAGAGAUUGAUGACGAAAGACAAUAACUUUCUUGGAGAAUUUAGGUUGUCUGGAAUUUCUCCGGCAUUGAGCGGUGUUCCUAAAAUCUCAGUAUGUUUUGAAAUCGAUGCAAACGGGAUAUUAAAUGUUUCCGCAGAGGAAAAGAAAUCAGGUGAGAAGAAUAAGAUGUUAAUAAGGAAUGAUAAAGGAAGGUUAACAACAGAAGAGAUAAAGAAGUUGGUGCAAGAUGCAGUGAAGUACAGGUUGGAGGAUGAGGAGCAGAAGAAGGCAGCGGAGGCCAGGAAUGAGGCGGAGAAGUAUGCGUACAACAUUGCCAAGGCUCGCGGUGCUGACUCAGGAAACACAGCGGUUAUAGGAACAUCUAGUUUGCUUGUUCCAGUCUUCUCAGAUGGAAAACUCGUCGUCAUUAGCCAUUGCAAGAUGAUGAGUGGUGACCCGACUUUCCUGUUCAUGUGGGAUUUUGUGACUAGAGGUGGUGGAAAGAUAAUGGCAGAGAAAGGGAAAGGACCCGCCAUCGGAAUCGAUCUGGGUACAACAUAUUCAUGUGUUGGAGUAUGGCAGCACGACCGUGUUGAAAUCAUUGUUAACGAUCAGGGCAACAGAACAACUCCAUCAUAUGUUGCGUUCACGAAGACAGAGAGAUUGGUCGGGGAUGGAGCUAAAAAUCAGGUAGCUGUCAACUCCAUCAAUACUGUUUUUGAUGCUAAGAGAUUGAUUGGUAGGAGGUUUAGUGAUGCAUCCGUGCAAAGUGACACAAAGUGUUGGCCAUUCAAGGUGGUUUCUGGGUUAGAAGACAAACCAAUGAUUAUUAUCAACUACAAAGGUGAAGAGAAGCAUUUCUUUGCGGAGGAAAUAUCGUCCAUGGUUUUAAUCAAGAUGAAGGAGAUCGCCGAGGCAUUUUUGGGAUCACCUGUGAAAAAUGCUGUGAUUACAGUCCCAGCUUACUUCAAUGACUCCCAAAGACAAGCCACUAAAGAUGCAGGUGUAAUUUCUGGUCUGAAUGUGAUGCGUAUCAUCAUUGAGCCAACGGCUGCUGCAAUUGCCUAUGGUCUAGACAAGAUAGAAAGCAGCGUGGGGGAGAAGAACAUCCUUAUUUUCGACCUUGGUGGGGGAACAUUUGAUGUCUCUGUCUUGACCAUUAAAGAUGCUGUCUUUGAAGUGAAGGCCACAGCCGGCGAUACUCAUUUGGGAGGAGAGGAUUUCGAUAACAGAAUGGUGAGUCAUUUUGUUCAGGAAUUCAAACGAAAAAACAAAAAGGACAUAAGUGGAAAUCCUCGUGCCUUAAGCAGACUGAGGAUGGCUUGUGAGAGGACAAAAAGGAUACUUUCAUUUACUGCAGAGACAAUUAUAGAUAUUGAUUCUCUCUUCGAAGAAGAAGACUUUAGUUCUAAAAUAACCCAAGCCAGAUUUGAGGAGAUGAACAUAGAUCUACUCAGUAAGUGUAUGGAGACUGUCGAGAAAUGUUUGAAUGAUGCAAAGAUGGACAAGAGCAGUGUGGAUGAUGUUGUCCUGGUUGGAGGGUCUACUAGAAUUCCGAGAGUGCAGCAGCUUCUUCAGGAGUUCUUCAAUGGUAAAGAACUCUGCAAGAGCGUCAACCCUGAUGAGGCUGUCGCCUUUGGUGCUGCAGUUCAAGCUGCCAUUUUGAGUGGUGAGGGAAAUCAGAAAGUUGAAAAUGUUGUACUUUUUGACGUCACACCCCUUUCUCUUGGAAUUGAUACAUUUGAAGGCAUAAUGUCAGUCUUGAUUCCUAGAAACACUACAAUCCCCACAAGAGUGGAGGAAGUCUUCACUACAAACUUUGAUAAUCAAUCGAGUGUUUUGAUUCCAGUGUACGAGGGUGAGAGAUGGAUGACAGAAGACAAUAACUUUCUUGGAGAAUUCAUGCUGAACGGAAUUCCCCCAGAUCUGGAAGGUGUUCCUGAUAUCACUGUAUGUUUCGAUAUCGAUGCAAAUGGGAUAUUAAACGUGUCAGCAGAGAUAAAUACAAAUACAACGGGUGUGAAGAGUGAGUUGAUAAUAAGAAACGAUAAAGGGAGGUUAACAAAGGAAGAGAUAGAGAAGAUGAUUCGAGAGGCGGAGAAGUACAAAACAGAGGAUGAGGAGCGCAAAAAAAAUGCGGAGGCUAGGAAUGAGGAGGAAAAGUAUGCUCACAUCAUUGCCAAGGCUGGCGGUGCUGGUUUUCGUGUAUCCUAAGAUUGAGGAAGUUUAUUGAAAUAUUUAUGUAGUACAUUACAUAGUGAGUAAAUUUCUUUUU